AUGAAAGGCGUUGUUAUCUCAGUUUUGGUGGUGCUAGCCAUGGUUCGGUUGAUGGUUAGGCUAGGAGAGGCGACCAUAAGUUGUGAAGAAGUUGUUAAUAUUGUGAGACCCUGCGCUCCUUACAUUAUGACUGGGAUAGGGAGUUCCACCAUCGCAUGCUGUAAUGGUUUGGACCAACUCCGAAAAAGUGCCACAACCACCGCUGACAAGCAGCAAGCAUGUCAAUGUGCUAAGGACGCUGCUGCUGGUUUCCCCAUGUUAAAUGAACAAGUUUCCGCAUCGCUUCCUACUCUCUGCAAAAGGCAUAUUGAUUUCCCAAUCUCCAAGAACAUCAAUUGCCAGGAGUGA